GCUGCAGACCCCGCCCGGUGCCGGAGCGCGGACCCACUCGUCCGUGCGCUCGGGGCUGCGGGAGCGGCCUGUGCGCGGGGCCCUGGAGGGCGCAGCCCGCCGCCGCGCCCCGCGCUAUGUCGGGGCCGCCGCUGCAGGCUCCCAAGCGGCCGGAAGAGGCGCCCGGCGGCGCCGCGCAGUGCAUUGCAGGCUGUAUGUACCGAGUAGUUCAGACGACUGGGCCAGAUGGAAUAAACCUUCUGAAGUUGCUUCCAAUUUCUAAAUCCGCUGGGAAUUUUGUGCCAAUUCUUCCGUCUACAGUCAGACCUGAUCCUGCUAGAGCGAAUAUACCACAGCCACUUCAUGUUACUUUUAAGAGACCGGUUGCCAAUACUCCCACACCUUCAACUGUCAAGAUACCUGUUUUUCAGACAACUAAUCCUGGAAAGAUUAUUCUUACAAGGGCACUGGAUAAACAGGAAAAUCUUAAAGUGACUUCUGAGAAAGAGAGCUUAACUACAAAAACUGUUCCUAUCAUUCAAAGUAAUCCUGUUUUAGUUGAUAGACUAUCUUUGCAAAAUAUAGCUGUAUCAGCUUCACCUAACCAGAAUAAUACAGUUUCGAUGGAUAGAUCAUCUUUGCAAAAUACAGCUGUAUCAGCUUCACCUAACCAGAGUACUUCUGUUUCAGUGGAUAGAUUAUCUUUGCAAAAUACUGCUGUGUCAGCUUCAUCUAGCCAGAAUAAUUCUAUUUCUGUUGAUAAACUAUCUUUGCAAAAUACUGCAGUGCCGGCUUCAUCUAAUCAGAAUAAUUCUGUUCCAACUGAUAGACUAUCUUUGCAAAAUAUGACCAUCCCAGCUUCAUCUAACCCGAGUAAUUCUGUUCCAACUGAUAGACUAUCUUCGCAAAAUAUGACCAUCCCAGCUUCAUCUAACCCGAGAAAUUCUGUUCCAACUGAUAGACUAUCUUCGCAAAAUAUGACCAUCCCAGCUUCAUCUAACCUGAGUAAUUCUGUUCCAACUGAUAGACUAUCUUCGCAAAAUAUGACCAUCCCAGCUUCAUCUAACCCGAGUAAUUCUGUUCCAACUGAUAAACUAUCUUUGCAAAAUAUUACCAUCCCCACUUCAUCUAACCAGAAUAAUUCUGUUCCAACUGAUAGACUAUCUUUGCAAAAUAUUACCAUCCCAGCUUCAGCUAACCAGAGUAAUUCUGUCCCAGUUGAUAGAGUACCUUUGCAAAAUGUUGCCGCACCAGCUUCAUCUAACCAAAGUAAAACAGCAUAUAUGUUUGUAAAUUCAAGAAAUCUUCCAGUGACAGUGAAGUCUCCAGUACUGCCCUCUGGACAUCACCUACAGAUACCAGCUGAUGCAGAAGUUAAAUCUGUGCCGGCUUCUUCUUUGCCACCUGCGAUACAGCAGAAAAUACUGGCAGCUACAAGUACAAAUGCCUCUGGAGCAACUGAAGCCACAAAAACACCAACCGUUAUUUAUGUAUCACCAGUAAAUACAGUAAAAACUGUAGUGCCCAAGCGUUUGCCUGCCAUUUGCCCAAAACCUGUCACAGAAGUAUCAAAACCAUUAAUCCUCACAACUGCACAAACAACAGUAAACAGUUCUGUUCCAGGAGUGGUAACUUCGAAUGGCCAGCCACCCCAGCAGCCUCCAAUGAAAUGGGUUGUGCAAGAAAGUCCAAAGUCAGCAGCACCUUGUCUUGUUCCAGUAAAGUCAUCAAAUAACAUGGCAUCAAAGAUCUUGAAAACAUUGGCAAAUAUGAAGAAUGUAGGAAUUAACUCUGCAAAUAUUUUACCAACAUGUUCUAAUAGCUCUAGCGGAAGCCAGACAAAAAUUACUCCCAUUAAAGAUAAUGCUCUGGUGAUGUACAAUGGCAAAGUCUAUUUGUUGACCAAAAGAGGGUCUGAUGUUCUGUCAGCCCAAGUUGACACUGUCACCCCCGCUACUGAUGCUCAGUUUAGAAAGGAGGCAACCCAGUUGAUUGACUCAAACACAGUUGAUAAAAUAACCAAUAAAGUGGUAAAUUUAGUGUUGUCAAAAAGUAAAGGAAUUGUAAUUGCUCCAAAGGAUCCCAAAACAUGUCUAAAUACAGAAUCUGUUCCACCAUCUAACUUAAAAAACAGCCCCGAAACUGCAACCACGCUUCUUGCAACACCAAAUGUUAAUCAGCCUAGUGCCUCUGUAAACCAGACUGAGGCUUUGCCCACAACAGAAAGCAUUUCAAGUGACCUAAAUCCUAUUCUAAAAGUGGUGACAGAUGAAAAUACGAGCAGUGGCAGCAAAGAGAAGGAUAGUUCUGCAGCAACUACUGUUGUAGCUCACCCUAAGCAGCAUUGUGAUUCCAGCGAAGAACAGAAGAUCCAGAGUGAGAAGGUUUGUUCAUCAGAAAAGACUGUUCAAAACACUUGCAAAAAGGAACCACAUCGGAAACAAUACCUUGAGCUAAGAAAGAAAUUCGGUCUCUCUAAAGAAGAGAGAGUAUAUCUAAAGAGAAUCCCUUUUGGGAUCUCUCCUACAGGAUCUAAAGCAAGUGUAUCCAGUAUUAACUUAAAGAACAAUGAUUCUUGCAGUGCAUCACCACUAGAAAUGGAGGUAACAACUAGGAAACAGGAAAAUGCUGAAGAAAAAAAGAUAAUUGUAGACCUGGAACAAGAUUGGACUAAAAAAAGAAAAGCAAAGCCCUUCCCAGUGCCAGACAAUGCAAAGAAAAAGAAGACAGCCGUCAAUUCACUGACAAACCCAAGUCUUGAAGAUGACAGCACCGGUUCCAUUAUACUUAGCAGAAUUACUUCACAGCAGAAAAAAAUCCCCACCUCUAGCAAAUCCUCUUUAGGGAAAGACUCUGAGCAAGACCCAUGUCCUCAAAAUAACCAAGUUAUGCGCACAUGCAGUCCAGUUUUAGUUUCUUCAGGUGAUGAGGACGACGACGAUGAUUCGGUUAUCAAAGGUUCUUUCAGAGAAGAUACUUUCCCUUUGUCUCCACCAGACUUAGAUGAAACGAUCAGAGAUGAAAAAAUAAAACGGCUCAAACAGCUGUUACGAGAGCGAGAGGCUGCUCUAGAAGAGAUGCGUAAAAAGAUGCAGCAGACAUGAAAAAACACUUGUCAUCUGGCCCAUAUUUACAUAAACUCAGUUAACUUCAGUGACUUCAGCAAGAAGGGAAUUGGUUUUACUGCCUCUGAAAGGUUAAAAUGAACAUAAAAUAAAUCUCCUUUCCUAAUAGAUAGAUUCUCUUACAGUGUAAGUGUAUAUAAAUGAGAAAUAAACCCCAAAGAUCAGGAAUAGAUGAACUGCGUUUUCCAAGAUUCUGCUUUUGGAGAGUCUGUUUAUAUCAAAGAGCCUACUGUGCAGAUAAUAUGCUACUUUAACAGUGUAUUCUCUAGCCUUUAGACUGAAAGUUUUCUUUAUUUAGUGUUAGAAGAUGAAUGUUUGAAAUUUCAAAGCCUUUUUUUUUAGAAAUGAAAUGUGAAUUACAGAAAUUAACUGUAGAUAUCUUUUGUUAUUGCAUGUUCACGUGAUUUCCACAUAAAUGAACUUUAAAUUGUCUUAAUACUUUAGUGGUCAGUAUUUAAAUAAAGAUUAUUUGAAUGA